AUGACAACUAUGGCAACCACAGCUAGUAUUCAAGGAGAUGAAGAUUUUGAAGAAUAUAAUCCACAGGCAAAAUUAAUAAAAACUCUCGAGGUUAGAAGUUAAUUCUUUAACCUAUAUCAUAUCUUCAUAUCUUUGUUUUUUUAAUGUUUAUGUGAAAUAUUUUAUAUUAUAUAUGAAAUUAAAAUAUAUAAAAUAUAUAAAAAUAUAUAAAAUUAUUUAAUAAAUAUAUAUUUAUAUGUGUAUUCUUUUUCAGGGAAAUGGUAUAACAGCAGCCGAUAUAAAAAAGUUAGAAGAAGCUGGUUAUUACACUGUGGAAGCUGUAGCUUACACUCCCAAAAAGUGUCUAAUUGCUAUCAAAGGUAUUAGUGAAGCCAAAGCCGAUAAAAUUUUGCAAGAAGCUUCAAAACUUAUUGUAAUGGGAUUUAAAAGUGCUACUGAAAUUCAUCAAACUCGUUCUAAUAUUGUUUUUGUGACGACUGGUUCCAGUGAAUUGGACAGAUUAUUAGGAGGUGGUAUUGAGACUGGUUCUAUUACAGAAAUAUUUGGAGAAUUUAGAUCAGGAAAGACACAGUUAUGUCAUACUCUUGCUGUUAAUUGUCAAUUACCAAUAGAUAUGGGUGGUGCAGAAGGAAAAUGUCUUUAUAUAGACACAGAAGGAACUUUUAGACCUGAAAGGUUAAUUGCUGUAGCUGAAAGAUAUAAAAUAGCAGGGGAUUCUGUAUUAGAUAAUGUAGCAUGUGCUAGAGCUUAUAAUACAGAUCAUCAAACUCAAUUAUUAAUUCAGGCUAGCGCUAUGAUGACAGAAUCUAGAUAUGCAUUAUUGAUAGUAGAUAGUGCAACUAGUUUAUACAGAACUGAAUAUUCUGGAAGAGGAGAAUUAGCUGCUAGACAAACACAUUUAGGUAGGUUCCUCAGAAUGUUACUUAGAUUAGCUGAUGAACAUGGUGUUGCUGUUAUUAUAACCAAUCAAGUUGUGGCACAAGUUGAUGGUGCAGCUAGCAUGUUUGGUGGUGAUCAGAAAAAACCAAUUGGUGGUCAUAUUAUAGCUCAUGCAAGUACUACAAGAUUAUAUUUACGUAAAGGUAGAGGUGAAACUAGGAUAUGCAAAAUUUAUGAUUCACCUUGUUUGCCUGAAAGUGAAGCAAUGUUUGCAAUAAAUGCAGAUGGUAUUGGUGAUGUUAAAGAAUAA